AUGUCUUCAGAACAGGAAGAACCUGUUAAACUUAACAUUCCAAACGGGAAGACAGUUGAAAAGACAUCUCAGUGCUACGAGGCCAUGAUUUCAUUCAGGUGUAGAGAAACAGUGUGUAAGCAUCACAAAACGCUUCUGUGAAACAAACGGGAUACUUAGCUUAACUUUCUCUGGAUUACAAUCCUCCAAAUAGGAUCUAUCCAGCAAUCCAUCAUCCCACUGACAUAAAUCUGAAGAGACACAGGUCAGUACGAUGGAGCAGGAUGGCCCACAGGAGAACAGAUCAGAACAGGGAGAGGAGAUGACAGAGGAGAGCUUCCUCAAGGACCUCUACCUCUUUAUGAAACAGAGAGACACUCCGAUUGAGAGAAUACCUCAUCUAGGCUUCAAACAGAUCAAUGUGUUCCUAAUGUACAAGACAGUAAAGGAGCUUGGAGGCUAUCAACAGGUUACUGCGCAGCAGUUGUGGAAAAAAGUUUACAACAUACUUGGAGGAAACCCGCGCAGCACUAGUGCAGCCACUUGCACUCGCAGACACUAUGAAAAGCUGCUUCUUCCUUAUGAGUGUCACCAAAAUGGAUACAGGGAUGAUAUUGUCUUCAGGACCCCUCGAUCGCAAAAACGCUUCCAUCCCAGUAAUUACAGUGACUUUGAGCACGAAUACCCCAGGAAUGGCAAGCGUGCAGAUUUCCAACACCCCCCGGCAUUCCCUCGGCCCUCUACAAACAUGUUUACAGAGCAUCAGAGACAGAUUUUUAACAUGCCUUUGAACAUUGCUUCAUACUUCCCACACGGCAGUACAUCUCUACCCAAUUAUAUGGAUCUUCCCCAUCUGAGCCUCAGCCCUUCUCAAGACCUUCCCCGACCACCUGCUUCAUAUUUGAGCACAUCCUCUGUGGAGGUUCAGGUCUGCAAAGAGCCUCUUGAUAGGCUACGCCACUUGGCUAAAGAGUUCAAGUCGUCAGCUGGUUGGGAGGAACCGCUCAACCUCAGCCGGAAAGAAAACAGACUUGAGACGCUGAGUGACACACCAUCAUCUUUCAGCCCACCUUCAAAAAAGCCCAAGUUCCUCAACGAAGCCUCACCUCUUUACCCUCCAAGGGGUUUGACGACCGAAGAAGGUGCAGAAAAGGGGGAAACAGCGGCCAAAACUUCCUCAGGAGAAGGAGAUGCGGGGUCUGUCCAAGUAGGACCGAGCCCAGUGACGGCUGACAUCAUUGAUCUCACUACCUCUUCCACUGCCAAUCCAGUCCCACGUAGAGCAAGUCCUCCUUCAGUGAAUCUCUUCAAUCGUAGACUGAACUACUCCGAAGCUUUCGCUAUGAAGGCACGGGAGCGGGACCUGCAUGCGGACUGGUUGAAGGAAGAAUCUUCUGGUGCACCUACACCUAAAUUAGGGAUCCUAAACCGAAGCAAUCCCCUUGGACACCCACUCGUAGAUCCGAACAGCAAUAUGGAGAUUCAGAUUCCUCUAAAGCUUCUACAUGAGUUGAUUAGGAGAGGACUGCUCUUCAACCCGGCAUCUGCGGCAAACAGCCCUGUGUCUCAAGACCCAACCAAAGCGGAAGCACAACCCGAGCACAAGUUCCACAUGCGGUCACGCUCAGAAACGUCUGAGAACUCCACCACGGGUGAGGAGCCAACCAAUUUGAGUUUGAAAAGUCCUUUCAAAAACCAUUCUGAUUCUAACCCUCAAGAAAAUGGUAUAAAGAAGCUCCGACUCUUUGGUGGCAAUGGCAUGCCAGCAGAAUCAAAGCUCCAGAUGAUCAAUUCUCUUCAUGUAAAUAGCUCUCUCAAGUUCUCACUGGAAAAUGAUGCACCAAGAUCUUCUCAACCUAAUCAGGUACAACCUCCUAUGACAAAGAACCAAGAAAGCACAAAUCCCAGACCCCCCAGUUACAGUGAAGAUAGUCUACUUUCUUUGAACAUGAAGCCUGGAAGAAAGUCUGAGAAAGUGAUGGGAACAUCUAACAGUGUGGCAAAGGAAAUCUCGACUUCCCCACCUUUCAUACAGGUGACAUCAGACAACCUCAAACUCCUUCUGGCAAACCUACCCUUUAGACUGGAAAGAGGGCAGACAUUUUGAGAAUUUGCACAUCUGACAAGUUCUUCACCUCAGUCAAUGUUGCAAUCCUGCCUAAUCAGCCUGUUGUGUUGCAGUACUGAAGGAUUUUUGAAAAGAUGAACUGAAAAGAAAAAUGUUCACGAUAUGCAACUGUAGCAUGAAAACACUGUCCACUCCCAGUCAAGAUGUUAAAUUAGACAUGACAGAUGCUUUUCACUGAUUCAUCUUUUUUGAAAAUUUUGAAAAUGGUCAGCCCAGGAAAAAAAACUUUUUGUUUGCUUUUUAAUUUGUAAAUAUUAUUAAAUUAUGAGACUACAAAAUAUCAAUGGUACAUUUUUGUUAACGCAGUUUAUGAAGAAGCACUGAUACUUUGGCAACAAAGCAUAGAUCUUUUUAAAGAAUUAUUUUUGGAGUUUUUGCCAUUUAUAAGGAUAGGACAGUAUUGUAGACAGGAAGUUAAGUGGGAGAAAGAGAGGGGACGGGAUCAGGAAAGGUCUGCGAGCCUGGACUUGAACUCGGGAUGGCCAAAGCGCAACAACACUAUAUGUCAGCAGACUGCCCACGAGGCUAUUGGUGCCGACAACAUAGACCUUUUUGUACUUAUUUUUAUUAAAAUGUAAACAUGUAAAAUUGAUAUAUAAGACUGAUAAUAUAAAACAUUGAUAAUGUUUUUGUUAUAUUAUUUUUCAAUUCUUCAUAUUUCAAAUAAAAAAAUUUUCAAAUAAUA